CAAAAACCCUAGAAAAUAUCUCAACUCUAGUUUAUUAGUACGUCAGCAGCUCUUCUAUAAAUUAUAGCCGCGUCUUCUCAUCCUAAAUCACAAAUCUCUCACACACACACACCCUUUGAAACUUUUAAUUUAAAAAAAAAAAAAAAAAUGUCUGGAGAAACUGAGUACCGGUGCUUCGUGGGAGGCCUCGCCUGGGCCACCGCGGAUGCGGAUCUAGAGAGGACGUUCUCCCAAUUCGGCGAAGUUAUCGAUUCCAAGAUCAUUAACGAUCGCGAGACUGGAAGGUCGAGGGGAUUCGGAUUCGUGACCUUCAAGGAUGACAAGUCAAUGAGGGAUGCUAUUGAAGAGAUGAACGGGAAAGAGCUCGAUGGACGUACGAUUACCGUCAACGAGGCUCAGUCUAGAGGAGGCGGUGGAGGAGGCCGUGGUGGUGGUGGUGGUGGUUACAACAGAGGUGGCGGCGGCGGAGGAUAUGGUGGAGGCGGUGGUUACGGAGGAGCCGGUGGUGGAUAUGGAAGACGUGAUGGAGGUGGUUACGGAUCUGGUGGUGGCGGCGGAUACGGUGGUGGUGGAAGACGUGAUGGAGGUGGUUACGGAGGAGGUGACGGUGGUUACGGAGGAAACAGCGGCGGUGGUGGUGGUGGCUGGUAAUCAAAGAUGAUGUGGUUGUCUGCUUCUUCUGCUAUGUGUUUGGUUUAGAUUUGGUUUCGUAUCAAUGUUUCUCUGGUUUUUUUAUGUUUCUGGUUUGGGGUUCUAUGUAACAGAUCGUUUAAAAGUCAUCUUUGUCUAAAACGAAAUGUUAAUUCGCGUGUUGUUCACUUAAAUCAUUAACUUGAGUUUUUCUUCACAAUCGUAUAAAUUAAACCAAUUAGUCGCAAUGAGCUCACUUAUCUCGAUAGACUACAUCGAUUUAAUUAUAAUUAAAUCCGGAUUUGUGUUCAACCACUCGCUCUUUAUAUUGUUCACCCGGAUACUUUCUCAUCUUUUGAUUAAAUGUUCCCCCAGUGUUGCGUUUAACUCGUAAAUUCAUAGUUUGAGUUAUUUUA